AUGGAGAAUACUUGCUUCAGAGACGCUCUCUGGCUACAGGAGAAUAUCUUAUCAAGAGAUACAUUAAUGGAAUACUUCUCAUACUCACAAUUCUAUGAUAGGAAUUGUAAUAAUGAAGUACUUAAAAUGCAAAAUAUCCACAGGAAUAAUGAUUCUUUAGAUAUAUUCCUGACUAAAAUGUGUGGUAUACAGUAUAUUAUUACGUAUGCAAUAGAACCAACACUGUUCAUUAUUAAGAAGUGUAAUAGAAUAUCACCAGAUAAAAUAAAUGUAUUAGACUACUUCUAUGUAAUGAAUGGUACAAUAUACCAGUCACCAACAGAAAAGGAAGUAUUCUCUACUAGAUAUACAAAUAUUCUAUUUUCUAUGUAUAACUCAUUAGAAAGUAUGCCAUUCUUAGAGACAGCUCAUUUACAGACUGAGAAGAAGAAAAUAAGUACAGGGAGAGUAUCUGGUUUAUUUAAUGCUUAUUAUACUGAUUAUAUGAGAUAA